UGCGGCGAGUGACCUGUGAGAGGAAAGCUUGUUAGUUAGCUAAGAUGGCGGUGGCGGUAGGUUCUUUGCAAGCCCAGCUUGAGAAAGCUAAAGAGAGUUUGAAAAAUGUAGACGAUAAUAUCCGUAAAUUAACUGGCCGGGAUCCUAAUGAAUUGAGACCUGGCCAAGCUAGAAGGCCAACCAUCCCAGGCGUUGGAGGUAGGGGACGAGGAAUCAACUUGUUGAGACGUGGACUCUCCGACAUUGGUGGAGGACCUGGAGGACCCCCAGCUAAACAGAGGGACAUUGAAGGGGCCCUUCUGAGGCUGGCCGGUGACCAGCGAGCGAGGAGAGAUUCACGCCGUGACAGUGACGCUGAUGAUGAUGACGAUGUCAAGAAGCCAGCGUUGCAGUCAUCAGUAGUAGCUACCUCCAAGGAGCGUACGCGUCGAGACCUGAUUCAGGAUCAGACCAUGGAUGAGAGGGGAAAACAAAGGAAUCGACGCAUGUUUGGCCUGUUGAUGGGAACGUUACAGAAAUUUAAGCAGGAAUCUAAUGUGGCAACAGAUAGGCAAAAGAAACGCAUUGAGAUUGAACAGAAAUUGGAAGUUCAAGCUGAACAAGAACGCAAGAAAGUAGAGGGCGAAAGACGAGAGCUCUUUGAUGAGAGGCGUGCCAAGCAGACAGAGCUAAAACUGUUGGAACAGAAAGUGGAGCUUGCUCACUUGCAAGAGGAGUGGAAUGAGCACAAUACAAAAAUUGUCAAGUACAUCCGCACAAAGACCAAGCCACCCAUAUUCUAUCUGCCUGGGAGGAUGUGCUCAGCCACUCAGAAGCUCUUUGAUGAGUCGCAGAAAAAAAUGAAUGUUAUGUUUGAGGAGAGAUGCGAGGCGUUUGCCGAGUAUCUGAAUAAGAUGGAGGCUCGGCCUCGACGCCAGUCUCUGAGGGACAACGCUCUGGGUAAGGACCUGAAGAAAGAAGAACAAGAGGAGGGUAAGCCCACGGGUCAGGUAGUCAAAGCGACAGGUAAUCGGUUUAAUGUGGAGAUGGAGGACGAGGCAAUACUAGAGGGGGAUGUGGGUGCAAAGCGUAAGGAGGACAGAAAGAAAAAGCCAGGAGAGAAAGUCAGGGAGCAGGCACCUAAGAAGGGGGAGCAGGCACCUAAGAAGGGGGAGAAUGAGGAAAAUGGUCAAGACAUUAGAAUAAUAGAGUUCAGAGAGGUGGAAGAGCAGAUGGAGGUUACUGCAGUGGUGAGGGAGGCUGAAUGGCAGGUCGGGGAUCAGGAUAAGAAGAUGGAGGAUAGUUUGGUGAUAGGUGGGGCAGAGGUAGAUAAUGAGAAGGAAGCAGAACAGCAGCAACCGGUUAAGGUAGAAAAGGAAAAUAAGCCGCUUCAGAAUCAGGACCCCACAGCUGUGUCAGACGACCAGGAGAAAAGCUUUGAAAUGCAACCAACUGAAGAUGAAGAGCCACAUACAGAAGUGUCCAUACCCCUGCUCUCAGAGCCCAACCCUAGUCUGGAAGUCUCUGAUGGAGCAUCUAUAGCCCCCGAGGUUCAGAUCCCCCUGCUGGAGGCUGGAACAGAGCCUCUCACAACAGAGCAGAGCCAAGAGGCUGAUCAAGGUGCAAUGAAGCAGACUGUUGAUGUCCAGCCUGCCCAGUAUGAUGCUGCCCCCAAGGAGCUGGAGCCUCUGAUCGGGGAAUCAAGCAGGGGACGUGGAAAGUCCAAGUCAAAGGACAAGAAGGUAGAUGGUGGUGGCAGCAGUAGCUCCUCAAGUAGCUCUUCUGGCUCCUCAUCCAGCGGGAGCUCCGGCUCCUCUAGCGGCUCCUCCAGCAGGAGCAGCUCCUCCAGCAGGAGCAGCUCCUCUUCCAGCUCCUCUAGCAGGAGCCGCAGCCGGGGGAGGAAGGACAGGAAGCACAGGAGGAAGCCGUCCGAGAGGAAGAAGGGAGGUGGUGACAAGAGCCAGAAGUCGUCCAUGGCCAGUGGUCGUGAAUCCAAAGGUUCCAAAGAGAAGGGCUCUAAGUCUGACAGGAAGAGGACCAGCUCUGAAGGCUGCCGGUCAGGGAAGAUGUCCUCUCGCAGUGACCGGGAUCGCAAGUCUGAUAGGAAGGAAAAAAGACGUUAAAGUUGGUUCUUCUGUCAUUUUGUUUAUCCUUUUGAUAAAUACAUUUUCAUAAGUGAAAUGUUGUGGAUUUCCAUAAAUGGAGUUCCACAGGGUAGGGAAACUUAACUGCCUUAGUGUAUUUCUUGGAACAAUGUGGGUUUUUAAUCAAAUCUUUCUUUCUCUAGUCCCCAUUCAGUUGACAGCCCUGCUGCGCCGGGGUCUGGACUUAUUCUACCUAGAUUUAUUUUAUUUUAUUGUUUGGUUUUUAAUUGUUCCUAAACAGGUGCAAUGUGAAGAGGAUGCGUUUUCUUUGACUCCAGUGUUAAGGUUAAGGUAGUAGUGUAAUGUUGAAGUGUAACAUGCAGCUUUUUUUAUUCAUCCAAAGCCUUCAUCCAUUGCCUCAAAGCAAUGUCUAGCUCUGCAUUGUGCAUGACACUUGUUUUUGAAAGUAAUGUAAAAAAUUAAAAAAAAUCCAAUGAAAUCUAAGCAUCAAUUAAAAGAAAGAAAAAGCGGU